UAGAUAGUAGAAACUUACCUGAAUGGUUAAAAUUUUAGGGUGGUGGUCAAGACAUCCUGGGCCCUUUGGCUGUUGGCGAUACAUUUACUGCACCUGGCUAUAUCGUUAAUGCCAACGAAGAAGUUGUAUGUAACGGCGAUUUUCAGAAUUCCUUCGGAAGCCACGGUCUAGUCGUUGGUGGUGUUACCGAUACUAUCGAUACCGACGUACAUGGUGAUGCUUUCCUUGCAGGCGGUGGAACCGUAGACGAAGUUCACGAAGAAGACCCACCUUGUGAUGUUUACACUGAUCAAGGAACUGCGCAUUUCGACUUUGGCGCAGUCGAAGAAGCAUCUCGUGAUAUUAAUCGCCUUCUUGCCAUGAUGACACCUAACCUUGUUAUGCGCGAGGGAGGGGAGAUCGUUUCACUUGGUGGCGAUUCACCUUAUAAGGUCAUGACCUUCAAUACCUGCAACGACCGCAACUGUCCAGUGGAUGGAGCCCUCUCCGAUCCAACGGGUAUCUUCUUCAAUGAUGGCAACUUUAAUGGCCCGUCCGGUGAUGUACCCAGCCAGGACGACACUAUAGUAUUUAAUAUUCCGGUAACCGAUGGCAGCACUCUUCGCUUAACCGGCAACCAACCUAGCCAGGGAUUCUAUGCAUGUCGAACUAUCUAUAACUUUUAUCCAGUCAAUGAAGACGGCCAAUUUGUUCCUGGUGGUACCUUCACUCUUGUUCGGGAAACCGGCAGUCAAUUGGAAGGCUUUUCACUUGCACCACGAGGCCACAUCCGCGAUGGCCUGACGGGUAACUUUGCUGGUACUAUUAUUGGUUUGGACUACACAUGGGAGUACUUCCCUCAGGGUGUAGAAAUCCACGACUACCCCGCUGCCAAUUGUGCCAAUUUUCAAGGCUGCCUGCCAAUAAAUCCAGGCUCUCCAAACACAACCACUACGACAACGACCACGUCGAGGACAACUGACGGUGGCUUGACAGUUACUGCCACCACUACUAACUCUAUUACUAUCACUAAACCGACUACUACCACUAUCACUGAGAAUGACGGGACAACUGUUACAGUAACAGAUCAAGAGACAGUGUACAUUAACGAUCCUUGGGAGGACGAAUGGAAGAAGAAGAAGAAAUGGGGCAAAAAGGGCAGCAAAUGGGAAAAAGAUGACAGCAAAUGGGGAAAAGAUGACAGCAAAUGGGAAAAAGAUGACAGUGAGUGGUGAUAAAUUCACCUAGUGCUGUAGAAUAUAUACAUUCUUUC